AUGGAGGACGCGCACCUGAGCAUCCUCGACUUUGAUGACGUCCCCGGCCAGGCCUUCUUUGGCAUGUUUGACGGCCAUGCGGGCAAGUUUGCGGCAGAAUGGUGCCGCGAUCACCUCGCCCCGAUCCUGCAAGAGGAGCUGCACAAACACCCUCAGAUGGACGUGCGGGAAGUGCUGAACAACACCUUUCUGCACGUCGAUCGCCAGCUGGAAAUCGACUCGGAAAGCGCAGGCGUGCGUAGCGGCUGCACCGCCGUCACGUCCUUGCUGCGCGUGGAGGUGGAUGACGCGCCGGAAAAGAAGGAGCGGCGUGUCUUAUACACGGCCAAUGUCGGCGACGCGCGCAGCGUGUUGUGCCGAAAUGGCCGUGCGGUGCGGCUGACCUACGACCACAAAGGCUCGGACGAGCGCGAGGCGAAGCGCAUCACGGAAAAAGGAGGAUUCCUGCUCAACAAUCGCGUGAACGGCGUAUUGGCCGUGACGCGCUCGCUGGGCGACUUUUCUAUGAAGGAGUUUGUUGUCGGCUCUCCGUUCACGACAAGUAUCGAACUCGAGGAGGGCGACACGUUCUUGAUCGUGGCAUGUGACGGGCUGUGGGACGUUAUCAGCGAUCAGGACGCUGUCGACCACAUCGUCGACGUCGCCGACCCGCAAGAGGCGUCGGAAAAGCUACUGAAAUACGCAUUGGACAACUUCAGCACCGACAACACGUCGGUUAUGGUCUCGAGUGCUGCUGAUCCGCCCCCGGAUGCAGCCGAUACCUCGCCGCUAGACUUUUCCAAGCGGGCCGUCCCUGCGUGGCUAAAUGGGAGCGAUAGCGAAGCAGAAGUGACACCCGCGCCGUCAAGGCGCAUGUCGCUUUUAUCUGAUGCGCUCCGAUCGCCCACCGCGAGUCAAGAGGCCCAGUUCACGCCGUCGGGCCUCACCUCGGGUAUCCUCAAGCACGGGCUCUUGCAGGAGCCAAAAGUGUGUGAGCCACGCCCUGCUAUGGCGGCGGCUCGUACGCACUUUGUCGAGCCCGAGAAGCCACACCGCUAUCGCUGGUCGCGUAGCCACUCGACGCACGCGCCACUGCACAAGAGCGAGUCGGAACUGCCCGCAGAGAGUGCCACACGGCGGACCAGCAUCACUUUUAUCGAGCCACGCAGCCGCGCGCGAAGCACAUCGCCCCGUUUUCAAUCGACCCGCAACGUCUUUGCCAAGGAGACGGCCGUGCUGGGCAUUGAUGAUGAGGAUGUGAUUGAUGAUGAGGAUACGAUCGAUGAUAAGGACGCAGUCGACGAUGAGCUCGCGGACGAGUCAUCCGAGAGCGACGAGGCGGCCGACAAUGACAAGGAGGCUGCGGAUAAACACUCCGAUGACCAGGAAACCCUCGCCGCCGCACACUAUCGUUCCACGAUGUAA